GCCUUGAGAUGGACGCGUAUAAGCCGGCGCCUCGCGUUUUCUUCGUCCGUCCACCGACCCAGCAGUGCACCUCCCGUUCGCCUCGCUCGCGAGCUCGCGUUACUUUACACCGCCGCCGCCGAGCUCUCCAGACUCCGGAGGAGGAAGCGAUCGUUACACGUACGCCUCGUCAAGCAGAAGCAGAACAUCUGAAGAAUGGCUGACGAGGAUAUUCAACCUAUUGUGUGCGACAAUGGCACUGGAAUGGUCAAGGCAGGUUUUGCUGGUGAUGAUGCACCAAGGGCCGUCUUCCCUAGCAUUGUAGGGAGACCACGUCACACCGGUGUCAUGGUUGGGAUGGGCCAAAAGGAUGCCUAUGUGGGUGAUGAAGCUCAGGCAAAAAGGGGUAUCCUGACUCUAAAGUACCCAAUUGAACAUGGAAUUGUCAAUAACUGGGAUGACAUGGAGAAAAUAUGGCACCACACCUUCUACAAUGAGCUUCGUGUUGCACCUGAAGAUCACCCUGUAUUACUAACUGAAGCCCCUCUCAAUCCCAAAGCCAACAGAGAGAAGAUGACACAGAUCAUGUUUGAGACCUUCAAUUGCCCAGCAAUGUAUGUCGCAAUCCAGGCUGUUCUAUCCUUGUAUGCUAGCGGUCGAACAACUGGUAUCGUGCUUGACUCUGGUGAUGGUGUGAGCCACACUGUUCCAAUAUAUGAAGGAUAUACGCUUCCUCAUGCUAUCCUCCGGUUGGAUCUUGCUGGCCGAGACCUCACUGACCAUCUCAUGAAGAUUCUCACAGAGAGAGGGUAUUCCCUCACAACAAGCGCUGAGCGGGAAAUUGUCAGAGACAUAAAGGAGAAGCUCGCUUAUGUCGCCCUUGAUUAUGAGCAGGAGCUGGAAACUUCUAGGAGCAGCUCCUCUGUUGAGAAAAGCUAUGAGAUGCCUGAUGGCCAAGUAAUUACCAUUGGGUCAGAAAGGUUCAGGUGCCCUGAGGUUCUGUUCCAGCCAUCUCUUGUUGGUAUGGAAUCUCCUGGCAUACAUGAAGCUACAUACAACUCCAUCAUGAAGUGUGAUGUAGAUAUAAGGAAGGACCUGUAUGGCAAUGUUGUCCUAAGUGGAGGGUCUACCAUGUUUCCUGGAAUUGCUGAUCGUAUGAGCAAGGAGAUCACUUCCCUUGCUCCUAGCAGUAUGAAGGUUAAAGUGAUUGCACCACCAGAAAGAAAAUACAGCGUCUGGAUUGGUGGUUCUAUUUUGGCUUCUCUUAGCACUUUCCAGCAGAUGUGGAUCUCCAAGGGCGAGUAUGAUGAAUCUGGUCCUGGCAUUGUCCAUAUGAAGUGCUUCUGAGCUUCUUGCCAAGUUUGUAGAGCGGUAUUUCAAGAUGUCGAGAAAUCUCAGUUGGUUUAUGUAUACAAGGAGACCUGCUUUUGCAGAUAAAUAUAUACUUGUACUCUGAUAGUUGAGAUAUGCUUUUAGCGUUGGGCAUGGCAAACCAGGAUUCCUCAGAACGUUGAGACUAUCUUACCAUGAAGAGAAAGAGGGGCCCAGGAAAAGAAACAAAAAAAACACCUGAUGACCUGAAGAUACAUAAACUUGAGCAGUCUAUGUCGUAAAACCUGUUUGUUCUUUUGGUGUGGAAUUACCUCGGUUGUUUACCUGCUGUAUGAAAUAAUGAAGCAAACCAUAUAUAUUCGCAUGCGCUAGUACAUCAAUGUAGUUCUGUUUACGUC